AUGGUAAAUAAUUUCCUGCUUGGGAGACACAGUUUCCCCUACGAGGUGGCUAGGAUAAACAAAAACCGGGUCAAUACGGAUCAGGUGAAAUCGGAGAAAUUGUUCCGAGCAUCACCUGCCUUUCACACUUACGAAUCCAGGUCAUCGUUCGAACUCGGAAAGCUCUUCUGUUCAAUACUCGGAUCAACACUUGGGCUCAACCUGGGAUUGACAGUCGCGUUUUCUGCAGUAGGCAUGCCAAUGUUUUACAAGGACAAAGAUGCCCCUUUCAUCAUGGAACAAUCAGCGAGGUCGAUUUUUAGUGAG